AUUAGCAAAUGCCGCUCUCCCAUUGGCCAGAGAUUUCACGCCGCGAGCCGAUUGGCUGUCAGCUCGUAGGUUUCCCCCAGAACUGCUAGACGCUGAUCUUGCGUUACAGUGUAGCAAAAUGGCGGCUGUCAUUCAGAAUCCACUAAAAGCGUUGGGUGACCAGUUCUAUAAAGAGGCUAUUGAACACUGUCGGAGCUACAAUGCGCGUCUGUGUGCGGAGCGGAGCGUUCGUCUGCCCUUCCUGGACUCCCAGACCGGAGUGGCCCAGAACAACUGUUACAUCUGGAUGGAGCGGCACCACAGAGGACCAGGCAUGACGGCAGGUCAGAUGUAUACCUAUCCCGCUCGCUGUUGGAGGAAGAAGAGAAGGCUUCACACGUCUAUGGACCCUCGACUACGCAUCUGUGGCCUACAGCUAGAUGGCAGUCUGUCUGCGCGGGAGACGUUGCAGUCCCAGAGUACGACACUAGAGGCGCUGCUGAGAGGAGACGCACUGGACAGACGAGGACGAGAUGAGGAGAGCUUAUUAGAAAUACAGAGGGUUCUAGAAGCCGACGCACAGGAGGAUGGUUUCCAUGACGACGAGGACUUUGAAGUGGACACGCCCAAAAGGAAGCACCGAGGCAAAGGCAGAGGUCGAGGGUCAGGGCGUCGGCGGAGUGACGCUAAUGCGAUGGACGACCAGGACAAGCCAUACGUCUGUGACAUUUGCGGUAAGCGCUAUAGGAAUCGUACAGGUCUGAGUUACCACUACACACACGCCCACCUGGACGACGACGCCCCCACCAAGGACUCAGAACCCUCACAGUCUCCGCCCACUCACCGCCCACACAGCCGGAAACGUCCGGAGGGGCGGCUGGUUGCCAAUAGCAACCACUGCAGCUGCCUAGGCAACAAGACCAACAAGAGAAGCAAAGCAGCCGGACACACACCCUGCAACAAGUGUGGACGCCUAGGUAACGGGGCUGUAAAGGAGUCGGCGCGUGUGUGUGUGGGGGCGGAGGAGCUGUUUGGCACGACGUCGGAGAGCGACACCUCCACCUUCCACGGCUUUGAGGAGGACGAACUGGAGGAGGAACAGCAACGCACACACACACACUGCAGAUAGACACACACACACACACACACACUGCAGAUAGACACACAGACACCAGCAGCACACACACACACACACUGCA